CAGUAUGUACACAGGUUGACCCGGUUUCAAAAGGAAGAAAGCGCGGGACAUUUUGUCACCCGUUUUCCAGAAGUCAUGGCUGACGAGGCGAAGAAAGCAAAACGUGCAACUAUGAAGCUGUAUCAGUGUCCAAUGUACAGAUCGUUCAGGUGUAUGUGGCUGAUACACGAGCUUGAGGCUGUGGACGAUUUCGAAAUUGUGAAGUUGGACUCCAUUAAGGGGAAAGACAGCGCAGAAUACGAGGAAUAUAAACGGUCCGUCCACCCCCCAUGGGACCAUCCCCGCCCUACAGGUAGAGGGUGAGGGUGUGAUCAUCGAGUCGGGGGCGAUAUGUCUGUACCUGGCAGACCGUUACGACAAAUUGGCUCCUCCCAUCGGACAGCGGCUUGAAUACUAUGAUUGGGCACUGUAUGCUAGCGCGACAAUAGACGAGGCAAUGGAGCUGUUGUAUUGGCAGUGGGCCGUUAAACCAGAAAAACCCGACCCGCAGGGCAUAGAAAAGAUGGUGGCAAAGAUGGACGCCUGCAUGAAGCGGCUCACGAAGGCCCUAGAAGGAAGACCGUUUAUCUGUGGCGACAUGUUGACAGCUGCCGACUGCAUCUUGGGGUACAGCGUGUGGGCAGCGUCAGACAAGAUGUUCAACGAGGGAUCGCUGCUGAAAGAUUACCCUGAGGUGCAAAACUAUGUUAGUCGACUCGAGGGCAGGCCCGCCUUCAAGAAGGCCGUCAGUGCUCAGUUUCAGUAGGUUGUCAUGCUAUAACAUGUCAAGACAAAUCUGUCUAGGAAUUCGAAACUGGCAAACGUGUGGUCGAGAGCACGAGCAACAUCCACUGUCUGAUGCCAGGCGUGCAGCCCAUACUGUCUCUACAGUGUUUAAGACAAGUCUUCUGGGGCCU